AUGGAGCCUGAGCUGGGGCACGCUUUGCCCAGGACGCCCUCCUGGAGCAGCCUUGGGGGAACUGACCAUGCAGCAAGCCAGCAGACUCCACUCUCCUUCUCCGACUCGGGCUUCCUGGAGUCGGGAGACAGCCAUUCCUGGCCAGCCCUGGUCGGCGCCAGCAGCUCAGGCAGAAUCCAUGGGAGACGGGGCGCCAGGGCCUCCCGCUGGAAGAGACAAGAGGCAGUGGAGGAAGAGGAGCUGCUGGACCUGGGGGACAGUGUCCCAGCGGAGUCAGCUGCUGAAUCCACGGCGCUGGAGGCCACGUCCCCCGAGGUCGCACCCUUGGUCCUAGCUGAACAGCCCGCGGCCAGGGUGGGAACCCCACCCACAGACUGGGCCUUCCUGUCUGCCACCUGGGCCACCUCUCUGGCUAGUUCCAGCAUCGACAGUCUGGGCCUGGAGUUCCCAGGCAUAGCCGCGUGGGGCGAGGACUUGAACGGUCUGGCGGAGCAGAGGUGGGCGCGGGGGGGGCCCGGCCCACAGGCCCUCCUGCCCAAGCCGAGCUGGGAGGACGAGAUGCAGAAGCCUGAGGCACAGGUGUACAUGCACUUCAUGCAGGAGCACAGCUGCUACGACGCCAUGGCCACCAGCUCCAAGCUAGUCAUCUUCGACACCGGGCUGGAGAUCAAGAAGGCCUUCUUUGCCAUGGUGGCCAAUGGGGUCCGGGCGGCUCCGCUGUGGGACAGCAAGAAGCAGAGUUUUGUGGGGAUGCUGACCAUCACAGACUUCAUCCUGGUGCUGCAUCGAUACUACAAGUCACCCCUGGUCCAGAUCUAUGAGAUUGAAGAACAUAAGAUUGAGACUUGGAGGGAGAUCUACCUGCAAGGUUGCUUCAAGCCUCUGGUCUCCAUCUCUCCCAACGACAGUCUAUUUGAUGCUGUCUACACCCUCAUCAAGAACCGGAUUCACCGCCUGCCCGUCCUGGACCCGGUCUCAGGGACUGUGCUUUACAUCCUCACACACAAGCGACUGCUGAAAUUCCUGCACAUCUUUGGUGCCCUACUGCCCCGGCCACCCUUCCUGUCCCGCACCAUCCAGGAUCUGGGCAUUGGCACGUUCCGAGACUUGGCGGUGGUGCUGGAAACCGCGCCCGUCCUCACGGCGCUGGACAUCUUCGUGGACCGGCGCGUGUCAGCCCUGCCUGUGGUCAAUGAAGCUGGUCAGGUCGUGGGCCUCUACUCGCGCUUUGAUGUCAUCCACCUGGCCGCACAGCAAACCUACAACGACCUGGACAUGAGUGUGGGAGAAGCCCUGAGGCAGAGGACGCUGUGCCUGGAGGGGGUCCUUUCCUGCCGGCCCCACGAAAGCCUGGGGGACGUCAUCGAUCGCAUUGCUAGGGAGCAGGUGCACCGGCUGGUACUCGUGGAUGAGAAUCAGCAUCUCCUGGGUGUGGUGUCCCUCUCUGACAUCCUGCAGGCGCUGGUGCUCAGCCCUGCAGGCAUCGACGCCCUCGGAGCCUGA